CCGGUUCUGGCUUUGCGACGACAGUUUGUCUUGUGGUGAUCCCGUCACCUGUGUGUGCCUCAGUAAUUGGUGAAUUUUGCCGCCACUCUCAUCAUAAUAGAAUUUCGCUAGAGCUUCUCCAUCGAAGCAAAAAGACCAAAAUAAAGAAAAAAUAAACUAGCACAGGAGUAUCGUGAAAAAUCGUGACCACUCUACCAACUACCAAACGUAAACUGAUACUAGAAAAAGGAAAACUCGACAGCAGAGAAGAGAUUUGUAAUAUUUAGCAUGAUUAUAGAGCUUACCAACGAAUGGUUGGUGAACGCACAUUGAAAUCCACAGAGAUUCGAAAAAAGCCCAUGCUGCAAGACUAACGACUGUGUACCGGAAUAAAUCUUAACCGCCAUGGAACGCAAAUUAUUGUACGCCUUUCGAGGAUGGAUUGCCUUCGUCGCCUUCAUGGACUUAGGUACAGCCUUUCGGUGUUACAUCGAACGCCGCAGUUUUUUAGGUGAUCACUCAGAAACUCAGUUCAUUGAAGGAGAUUAUACAAUUUCUAGGAUACUGGGAAUUUAUUGCAUACUAAAGGCGGUAGCUUUAGUUCACUGCACGCUGUACAUACACUAUAAACCCGUCGUCAGUAUGGGUGGCUGCUCCUUAGCAAUCACGAUGAUGCUCUAUAUAACAGAGGCCUUGUACUUCCGUUCAACGACGCUAAACUUUUACGUUAUAUUUCCAUGUAUUUUAAACUCAAUCACAUUGGUUGGAUUACUGUAUAUUCCUCGAAAGCUACGAUUAUGGGAGCAUCGGAACGGAUCGGAUAACGACGACGAAAACUCGCAGCUGCUGAAACAAAUGGGUGGCUUUAAGAAGCGACGAGCUCAUAAAAAUAAGACGCCAUGAAUACUAUGGAUAGUGUAAUGGCUGCCAAAUAAUUUCAUUACACCCCUAAAUUAACCACGUUAUUCUACCACAAUUGACCCAAUUUUACAAGCCUAUUUGAACGAUUCUUGCAUAACGAUUUAAUCACUACCAAGCCAGUAGAAACCCAUCCCAACGUUCCUGUAAAUCUUAGUCAUAUCGUAGCUACUCUAGACCUAGAAUAACCCACCCAUUCGCUCCUUCCCACGAAUUAUUUUUCUCCAACAAGUGGACCUUUUUCUUUUAUCUUGCAGUUCUCUACCUCUACUCUCCAAACUGCACUCUCUAGUUUAGGAGCAGAUAGAAAAUAAAAUCACAUUUUCUCUACUGCACAGCAAUUGCGAAAAAACUUACAAAAGUUCAGUAUAUUAGUUGGUUUGCUAAAAAUACCUUUUGAAAUAGGAGUGAAAUAUUUAGCAUUCAAAUUUCAAUAAUAUUUUUCUACUAACUCAGCCAUUUGUAGACACAAAAAGUGAAAGAUUUUCCUGAAAGCUAUUGAAAUAAAAAAACAAUCUAUUAUCCUGCAGGCAGGGGUGUGUUCAAUUACAAGCAAAGAGAUAUCUUGAAGCAUCAAACACUGCAAUGGAUGAAAACGACACAAUGUGAAUGCAAAAAAAAGCUUUAACACGUUUAUAAUAACUAAGCAAACAUCAAAUAAAGUUAUCAUUAUGCGUAGCACUGGCGGUAGCAUAAGUGUGGUAUAAACAUACAUUUGGGAAAUUAUGAUUUGUGAAAAAUACAUUCAUGGUACGAAAGGCCGAAAAUGGUUGACUGUUUUAGCAAAUAUAAAUCAUUAUUUUAUCUGUACUAAUAGUCAUUUGCCGAGUUGAUUUUAGGAAAUAAUAGAAUUAGAAUAAAUCGAAUUAUAUUAUAU